AUGCACAAUAGGGAAUCAUCAAGUAGAGCGAGCUCUCUAGAUUUGGGUGCAAGUGUAAACCUUCUUCCUUAUUCAGUUUACUUGCAACUUGGAUUAGAAGAAUUGAAACCUACCUCAAUUAUUUUCCAAUUAGCAAAUAGAUCAACCAAGCAGCCUCGUGGUAUUAUCGAAGAUGUGAUCAUCAAAGUAGAUAAAUUAUACUUCCCAGUGGACUUUAUUGUACUAGAUACCGAGCUAGUUCCAGAGUCAAUGAGGCACAUUCCAGUGAUCCUUGGUCGUCUUUUCCUUGCGACAGUAAAUGCAAGCAUAAAUUAUAGGAAUGACAUCAUGGACUUAUCUUUUGGCAAUAUGAAGGUGCGUUUAAAUAUUUUCAAUGCCAGUAAUUGCCCUUCAGAUGAUAAGGAUUGCUUUCUUGUCGAUACCAUCGAUGAAUGUGUUGAAAAGAUGUCCCUAUUUGCCUUGACAAAAGAUCCACUAGAAGCAUGCCUAUCUUAUUUUGAUACCAAGUCCUUUGAUGUCAACAAAAGUAGUGAAGAGGUGAAUGUCAUUCUUGAUGGAGCCAAUAUGCAUAAUAUUCCACUAUGGAAAAUUCCUAUUGAGCCACUUCUACCAUUGUCAAGUGAACCACCUACGCUAUCUUUGAAGUAUCCACCAGAGCUAGAGCUGAAGUCGUUACCCUCUCAUUUGAAGUAUGCAUAUCUUGGGCAGAAAACACUCUUCCAUUGCAUAAUUCAUUCCCGGAUAAGCAGCUAUUGCAACUUCAGAAGGAGACUCCACCAUGGUAUGAUGAAUUGGAUGGGGUCAAGAAAGAAAACUGUUCGGCCGGAUCGGAAAGAUUGGUACAUUGAAGAUUCUGUGCCUACAGAAGGAGUUGAAUCCGUCACUUUGACGGAUCCCAUUUACUCUACCUAA